GCUGCGGACGAAAAUCAUAGUGCGGUGAACCUGGCUCUGGAGCGCUUGCCGUACGCUGCCGGCUCCCAAACCUCGACUUCGCACUCGACUCCGGCGCCCGCUCGUCGCGUCUCUCUCGAAAAGUUUUCGCAUCGUUCCCAAAAUAAAAUCACUGGAUAAACAAACAACUAUGCAGUUCGGGAUGCCGUUGUUGUGUCGCGAGGCCAAAUCACGGCGCGCUUGGAUGGUCACUUGCCCUGAGACGAUAUGACUUCAGGCGAUGGGUAGCACUGUGUUCGUGCUGUCGCUGACCUUCGCGUUGGCCCUUUCGGCUCCGGACUGGAUGGACUGCCCGGCGCCGUGUCAGUGCAAGUGGAUAUCUGGAAAGAAAACGGCGUAUUGUAGGAAGCAAGGCAUCACUUCCAUUCCUACCUUUCUCGACGAGGGAAUGCAAGUUCUCAAUUUGUCUCUCAACACCAUCCCGAAAUUGCCCAAAGCCGCCUUUCAGAGCGUAGGCCUAAUCCAUCUCCAGAAGAUUUACUUGACGAAUAGCGGCAUUAGCGAGAUACAUCAGGACGCUUUUAAGGAUCUUAUUAUCUUAGUGGAGGUGGAUUUGUCUAAUAACUUAAUUAGCUAUCUCCAUCCAAAGACUUUUCACGGUAACGAGCGCUUGCGUCUUCUGUAUUUAAGUGGAAAUCCGUUAGGAACAUUAUCGGAGGCUCAAUUUCCCGUUUUGCGGCAUUUAAAAAUUUUGUAUCUGGAGCAGUGCCAGUUGGAGUUUAUUCAUAGAAACGCCUUUGUUAACAUUCCGACUUUGACGACGGUUAAUCUCCAACACAACUUUUUGCGCAACCUGUCAGAGGCAACGUUUAGGGGUUUCUCCUACUUAACCACCUUAGAAUUGGAAGGAAAUCCGUGGCGGUGUGACUGUGAACUACGCGGCUUUCGGGACUGGUUCGUGUCCAGUAAACUCGCCGGAUCUCUAAUGUGUUACGAGCCCGAAUCAUUAAAUGGACAGAUUUGGAAAGAUACACCUUCCACUGAAUUCGCCUGCCCACCGCAGGUGUUUGCUUAUCCCCAACAUCAAGUUCAAGCCGAAGCCGGUGGUAAUAUUAGCUUCGGGUGCCAUGUUCUUGGUGAUCCAGAGCCUCAAGUAUCUUGGCUCUAUGAAGGUCAUCCGAUUAACCAUACAUGGUUAGUUAUGCAAGCCGAAGAAGGACUCCUCGAAAAGUGGGUCAAUAUUACUAUAUCCAAUGUCAGCGAUGCGGAUGUGGGCUUAUAUACAUGUGUAGCUAGGAAUCUACUAGACAUAGACGAAGUGAAUGUGACUUUAGUGCUUCCGGAGGUUGUAACCGCGACCACCCUUAGUAAAUCGGACACUGCGGUGGUUUGGUGGGGUUUAAUGGUGAUAAGUGUGACUCUAGGAUUAUCGACUGUGAUUGCUGUGGUUGCGGUGUGUUGUGCCCGCAAGAGAAACAACAUGCGCCAUGGCUUGCAGGCCAGCGUUAGUUUUACGGACCAGGAGAAGAAGUUACUGGACGCCAGCAUUGCUACUACUACCGACCGAGGCACGGGUAGUAUGGAGGCCAUAGGGCCAGACCUCGAUAUCAUGGAUCAGCCUGUGCAUAUCACGAUCGAGCGCGAGCCCGUACCGAUGGUGGUGUUUCCACCCCCGCCAGAAUUCAGUACCAGCGUCCUUCCAGCCGGCGCCUAUGGUAACAUUUUUAUUUCGGUGUCAGUAAGCCGUGACCCUACGGCAGACAUUUCCAGGUGUCCCGACCUGCUAGAUCUGCCGCCCCGACCAAAGCGGGUGUACCAUGGUAUGGCGACGUUGCCGCGUCGCCCUAUUCCGCCGCCCAACUACGACAACAUGGGUCCACGAGUGACGGCGGGGGGCAGUUCGACUCUGUCGUUGCCAGACGCCACCGCCGCCCCCGCACAAACAGAGCUACCAAUUCCCAAACUACCACUUUGCGCCCCCCCUGCCCAAGAGUUUGUCUCUCUCUAACCUCCUUAUGGUUAAUCUUCAAUUAGUGCCUUUGCUCACAUCAACAAUUUACUUUUAACUAAUUAUAGAUGUACGAUUUUUCUAAAUUGUUUCUCCCGUGUGAUGUUUCAAUGUUCAAAUCUCAUGACUAUUCUUUAAGACCAUCUAAGCUCUCCCUGUAAGUGUCUCUAAAUAUUCUCGCGUAGGAUGCUCUGUGUCAGCAAGAAACCCUUCAAAAUGAAAAUAAGACUUUAAUUGCACUAUUGAGAAUCCAUUUAAUUUAUGUAUUGUUAAAUAUGUUAGAGAAAUAAAUUAAUCUUUUUUA